AUGGCGGGCGAGCUUGAGGGUGCUAAGCCGCUGAGCGGGUUGCUGAGCAGCCUGGCUCAGGACGCUUUCCAUGGGCACCCGGGCAUCACGGAGGAGCUGCUGCGGAGUCAGCUCUAUCCGGAGGUGCCACCUGAGGAGUUCCGCCCCUUUAUGGCGAAGAUGAAGGGGAUUCUUAAGUCUAUUGCAUCUGCAGACAUGGAUUUCAACCAGCUGGAGGCAUUCUUGACUGCUCAAACCAAAAAGCAAGGCGGGAUCACAUCUGACCAAGCUGCUGUCAUUUCCAAAUUCUGGAAGAGCCAUAAGACAAAAAUCCGAGAGAGCCUUAUGAACCAGAGCCGCUGGGACAGUGGGCUUCGGGGCUUGAGCUGGAGAGUUGAUGGCAAAUCGCAGUCAAGACACUCAGCUCAAAUGCACACUCCUGUUGCCAUAAUGGAGCUGGAAAUAGGGAAAAGUGGACAGAAUCCCGCCCAGGGCUGGGUGCACACACGCUCCGCCCCUGGGCGCGCCCCGCCCCUGGAGCACGCCGCUGCGCUCGGCCCAGGGACUCGCAGCGGCGCGCGGACGUGCGGCCGGCGGGUAAAGAAAUGGCGAGGGCCGGGCGGGGCGGAGUGCGGCCGGCCGCCAGGGGGCAGCCGCGCGUCUGCGGGCCGCGGCCGGCUGGAACCGGUCUGGCCGGAAGUUGGGGCGGUGCCUCGGCUUCCGCUGCUACGCGCCACGUGGCCGGCCGGGAGGGCCGGGAGCAAACAACAAGAUGGCGGUGGCGGGGGGGAGGGGGCGGGCUCUUCGGGGGCCCCUGAGGACACGGGUCCCUUAAGGAUGGCGUUGGGUGGGCGGCAUGGGCUGAGUGCUGCGAGGUCCCUUUUGUCUAAAGUCCGAGGUCACCCGGCCGGGCCUGCACAGGGCCGCGGGUAG